GUGGAUAGUACUCGCACAACUUCCUAUCCCAGGCACCUGCUGCUCUGUCUAUACGCUCAUUGGCUGCUCCUCACGAGGAAUUGGGGCACCUGCGCUGCUACAGGGGCAUUUGGUACCAUCCAGCUGGAAACAUGACUGACGCUUUGCUGCCAGGCAGCCUGAAUGGGAAAAGACUGUCGGAGCAGAACUACUUCAGAAAGGGUAAAUCCAUUGCUCAGACUGGCCGCAGUAAACUGCAGAAUCAAAGGGCCAGCUUAAACCAGCAGAUCCUGAAAGCAAUGCGCAUGAGAGUUGGGGCUGAAAACCUUUUACGGGCAACGUCAAACAAUAAAAUUCGAGAGCAGGUGCUUUUAGAGCUCAGCUUUGUGAAUUCCAACCUUCAGCGUCUCAAGGAGGAGUUAGAACGACUCAAUAUAUCAGUGGAAGUGUACCAGCACACCGAGCAAGACUCCAACAUUCCAUUGAUCCCAUUAGGGCUCAAGGAGACAAAAGAUGUCGAUUUCACAACUGCAUUCAAGGAUUUUAUCUCAGAACACUACAGUGAAGAUGCAUCAGAGUAUGAGAAUGAGCUGGCUGAUCUAAUGGACCUCAGACAGGCUUGCAGAACCCCCAGUAGAGAUGAGGCUGGGGUUGAGUUGUUGGUGAGCUACUUUCAACAGCUUGGAUAUCUUGAGAACAGAUUUUUCCCCCCCAGUAGAAACCUAGGGAUCCUUUUUACAUGGUAUGAUUCAUUUACUGGGGUCCCUGUUAGUCAGCCAAAUAUCUCCCUGGAGAAGGCCAGCAUUUUAUUUAACAUUGCGGCUCUAUACACACAGAUCGGAACCCGCUGUAACAGGCAGACUAAAAUUGGCUUGGAGGAAGCAGUCACUGCUUUUCAAAAAGCAACAGGAGUACUUAACUAUCUAAAGGAAACCUUCACUCAUACACCCAGCUAUGACAUGAGUCCAGCCAUGCUGGGAGUACUCAUUAAAAUGUUGCUGGCAGAGGCACACGAGUGCUACUUUGAGAAAAUGAUCUUAUCUGGGAUACAGAAUGAGUUCUGUACACUGUUAAAGGCAGCACAAGAAGCUGCAAAGGUCGGUGAGGUCCACAUGCAAGUAUACACAUUAAUGAACCAGGCUCCAAUCAAAGAGAAUGUCCCAUACUCCUGGUCUGUUAUGGUGCAAGUGAAGGCAGAGCAUUAUAAAGCUCUGGCAAACUACUUUGUGGCAAUUAUACUCAUUGAUUAUCAGUUGAGCCUGAGUGAUGAUGAGGAUAAGCAGGAGAAGGCUAUUUCACAGCUUUACGACUCAAUGCCUGAAGGACUAACUGCUCAGACCAUAUUAAAGGACCAACAACAGAGGAUAUUGCUAGGAAAGGCACAUUUGAGUAAAGCUAUUAGAAGUCAUGAGGAAGCCAUCAGAUUUUCUACUUUAUGCAGUACACUGAGACAGAUUGAUGUGCUCCAGAAGAUACUGUCAGCGUUCCAUCAAAGGUCACAACUGAAAUUCUCCCAGCAUCAGAAACCUGAUGACUUCCUUGAUUUGUUGUCAGCGCCUGACAUUGUUAGUAAAACAGAAUAUCAAGCCAAAACUAUUUCACCUCAGCUUUCAAAGGAUAAAGUAACAGAUAUUUUUCAGCGUCUGGGCCCACUGUCAGUAUUUUCAGUGAAGCAGAGAUGGUCAGCACCGAGGAAGAUAUGUAUAACAAAAGAAGACGGAGACUUUGGCUUUGUCUUAAGGGGCGACUGUCCAGUACAAGUGAUUUCGCUGGAUCCACUUUGUCCUGCUGCAACAGAAGGACUGAAGGAGGGAGACUACAUUGUUUCAGUAGCAGGAAAAGACUGCAAAUGGUGCAGUACAAGCCAAGUUAUGGACAUGCUUCAAGCAACUGGUAAACAAAGUAUAGAGAUACAGGUCAUCAGUAUACAGGACCAAACGUAUAGUAUGCCUACUAAAAGUGCAACAUACUAUGCCGGGAUGCAGAAGACCUACUCCCUAGUGUGUCUGACCAUGGACAACGUCAAACAUACCAAGACACAAAAGGCAACAAAAAAAUUAUCUUUUCUCAGCUGGGGAUUUAGAAACCGACAAAAAGCUGCAAGUACACUCUGUCUCCCUUCAGAAGUUAAAGGGAAACCAAAAACAGACAAUCUGUUCUCUUUUCCAGACAACUCCCUGUGCUCUGAAAGUGUAUUAUACUAAGGUGCACACCUACAGACUAUUCCGUGAGCAGGAGUCACUUGCGUGUCAGUGACCACUGUGAAACGUCCUGGAGAUGUGAUGAAUAUAAACUUUUACUCUUGCCAGAAGUCUACAUAUAAGUAGCAAAUGGUUACCAGCACAUAUAUACUGUACAACAGUGUCCCUCUUGUGGUCAUGAAGGAAAUUUCACUUCCUUUGUUGUUGCUACUGAGAUGAGCCAAUGGUGUGAACUGUUUUAUCGCUACUGCUGCAGCACAAGUGAUACAUUGCCUGCUCAUGUACUACUCAAUUUCUCUGUGAUUAAAAUACUAUAUACAGUAUAUUUGCUUAAAAGAAAAAAGACCAAAUUAAAUAUGUUUUCCGGAUGAUAAAGUUUAUCAGA